AUGAAGCAACGGCACAAGUUGAAGCAGUGGUGGGUUCUUAAAGCAGAGAGAAAGUGGAAACCAAGGUGCAGAGAGAGAGAGAGGAUAGGUGUUGUUGUGUUGUGUAGUGCUGUGUUGGAGGCUCGGAGGAGUCAAGGCAGAGAGGUUCAGGGUCCAGAAAAGGCUACCAUAUCAUUUACAAAAGCCACCAUCAACAAAGUGAUCAAAGUUCCUCUUUUGACUCUUUGUGCCUCCUUCCACGAGCCUGCUCAUCAAACCCCUAAUCAUAAAAAGUUGAAUAAGGCCUCUGAAAUCUCAGCUACUGAGUGCGUAAUCACUGAGAUCUGCCUUCAUCCUGGGGUAGUUUUGUUGAUGGGUGCUUGCUGGAGUAAUAGGAUUAAGGCCGUGAGUCCUUCCAAUACAGGGAUCACCUCUAGAAGUGUCAGCAGGAGUGGCCAUGACAUCAGCUCAACUAGCAGGAACUCAUCCGCCUCAAUAUCCGUCACUUCUCGGAGUGAAGGUGAAAUCAUGCAAUCGUCCAACUUGAAACACUUCAGCUAUAAUGAGCUAAGAGCAGCCACAAGAAACUUCCGCCCAGAUAGUGUAUUGGGAGAGGGUGGGUUUGGUUCAGUUUUUAAGGGCUGGAUUGAUGAGCAUUCACUUACUGCCACCAGACCAGGAAUAGGCAUGAUUGUCGCUGUGAAGAGGCUUAACCAAGAUGGUUUCCAGGGUCACAGAGAAUGGUUGGCUGAAAUCAACUAUCUUGGGCGACUGCAGCAUCCUAAUCUUGUCAAGUUAAUAGGAUACUGCUUUGAGGAUGAGCAUCGGCUUCUGGUUUAUGAAUUUAUGCCUAAGGGUAGCAUGGAAAAUCAUCUUUUUAGAAGAGGUUCUUACUUUCAGCCAUUCUCUUGGAGUUUGCGAAUGAAAAUAGCACUUGGGGCUGCAAAGGGCCUUGCUUUUCUUCACAGUACAGAACCUAAAGUCAUAUACCGUGACUUUAAAACUUCAAAUAUCCUACUUGAUACACAUUAUAAUGCCAAACUUUCUGAUUUUGGAUUGGCCAGAGAUGGUCCAACUGGUGAUAGAAGUCAUGUCUCUACUAGGGUCAUGGGAACCCGAGGGUAUGCGGCUCCAGAGUAUUUAGCAACAGGUCAUCUCACUGCCAAGAGUGACGUAUAUAGUUUUGGAGUAGUUCUUCUGGAAAUGAUAUCAGGAAGACGAGCUAUAGACAAGAACCAGCCAUCUGGGGAGCAUAACCUUGUUGAAUGGGCCAAGCCGUACCUGUCUAAUAAGCGAAGAGUUUUUCGGGUAAUGGAUCCACGUUUGGAAGGUCAAUAUUUACACAGUCGAGCUCAAGCAGCAGCUGCACUUGCUAUGCAAUGUCUUUCUGUAGAGCCUAAGUGCAGACCAAAUAUGGAUGAGGUGGUAAAAGCAUUGGAGCAGCUUCAGGAAUCAAAGGACAUGCAGAGAAAAGGUGCAGAUCAUAAACAUCAUCAUGUACGCAAUUCCGGUCAAGGCCGGUCCACUGGCGCCAAUGGUGGUGCAGAUGUGCCUACAAAGGCUUCUGCUUAUCCUAGACCUUCUGCUUCUCUCCUCGCCGGUUGA